UCCUUUCGCGGUAACAUUGUGUAGCUAUGCAAUUUCUUUACAUUUAAUCUGCAUUAAUGUGAUAAAGACGAUGGGAACUCGUUUUACAGAGCUGUUUUUAGAAAUUGACAAGCUCCGUGCUGAACUACUGAACAAUGUCGAAGUCAUGACAAGCUGUCAGCGCGCCGAAGAGGAAAUCAGCCACAGGGAAAUUUUGACCCGCAUUGAGAACGUAAUCCUCGGAAUAGUGAGCAGUCUUUCCAAAGAUGAGGCCCCUGUCCUGGCACUGCCCAACAGAUCCAGCUGGGCCAACGUCAGUUUUGACAGUGCCGUCGGGCUUCAAAUGAGAUCAGGAAGCACUGUCACUACCAUUAGGAGCGACUGUCCAUCAUCUGUCACUAAAUUUGCGCAAAUUCUCAAGAUUCUCUUGGUCAUCUACAGACUCGUGCAGAGCAACUCCUACGCUACCAAAAGAGACAUCUAUUACAACAAUACACAGUUGUUUGGUUCACAAAAAACUGUUGAUGAUAUAGUGGAUGAUAUCUCCUGCAUGCUAAAGGUUCCUCGCAGAUCACUUCAUGUGUUGGCCACGUCCAAAGGAUUAAUCUCAGGUGAUCUGUGUUACAUGGAAGAGGAUGGCACGAGAAUCGACUGCCGCGCCAGCUCUGCUGCUGUUGCUGUUUCAUCGAACAUCAGUGGGAUCAGAAAUAUUGUGUCAUCUGCUAAAUUUGUCAUGAUAGUUGAGAAGGAUGCAACGUUUCAGAGACUGCUGGAUGAUGACUUCUGCACGAAGCUGUCUCCUUGCAUCAUGAUCACAGGUAAAGGCGUGCCAGAUGUGAACAGCAGGUUGAUGGUGAGAAAGCUCUGGGACACGCUGCACGUCCCCGUCUUCGCCCUGGUGGAUGCUGAUCCUCACGGGAUUGAAAUCAUGUGUAUCUACAAGUACGGAUCAGUGGCCAUGUCGUUUGAGGCCCACAGUCUGACCGUCCCCAGCGUUAUGUGGCUAGGCCUCCUCCCCUCUGACCUCCGGAGGUUGAGGGUUCCCGAGGAUGCCCUGAUCCCCCUCACAAAGAGAGAUGAGAACAAACUCAGCAGCCUCCUCAAAAGGCCGUACUUAAGCAGCCAACCAGACUGGCAGAAAGAGAUGGAACUGAUGCAGCAGAGUAAAGUCAAGGCUGAAAUACAGUCCCUAGCAGCCAUAGCUCCUGAUUUCCUCACCAGCAUCUACCUGCCCAAUAAGCUGCGUUACGGAGGCUGGGUUUGAGCACAAUGCUGCCACCCAGUGGAAUAAGAAGGGAACUGCUGAGGCUGCUGGCACAACUUGAGAAAGCUCUUCCAUGUAACUGACCUGCCUGACCUUGUCAGACACUGAAGUAUGACGUUAAGUUGGUUUGUAAUGUUUGCAUAUUUAUUAGUGACUGUGUGUGUUUAUGAUUUCUAACUGUGUCUCAGAGACAUCUCAUCCUGUAAUUAAAACCCUGUAAUUCCACUGACAAGUCAGAGCAUGUUUCUGGUCUUUACAGUUACUUUGCCCUCGUUUAUAUCCCCAAGAUGUUUGAACCUACUGGGGCAAAGUCACCAAACA